GACAGAGCGAAGCGAGGCCGGGCGCUUAGGAACAGAAUUGUAUUCGUCUGUGCGAGAUGUGAAGUCCAUCAGAAUUUACUUGGAUUGUAGUCGAUUUUCAAAUUGAAAUUGGCAUCGUCAUGGAUUGUUUCACAAGGUUUGAAGAUGACGGGUAUAAAAAUUGGAUUAAAACGCAAAUGGGUCUGCAAUCCCUUAAAUUACUCCUACAGGAUUUCAUAGAAAACGAAACCGAAACUUACCAUACGUUUCUACGUAAUCGAAUUAAAGGAGCCAAGUGUCAAAACCGAUGUGAAUUUAAGAAAGGGAAGCUCAAUCAGGUUUCUCCUGUUUGUGAGCACUGUAAGCCUUGGAAAGAUGAGAUCCUGGCAAACUCCAAAGGUCCGCUGUUCUGGAAUAAUUGUAAACCCUAUCUCUGGCCAGAAGAAAAAUGGGAGGUGGCUAAAGUCUACAUGGCUCGUGGCAAUGACAAGCACACGUCUGUUGACCAGUUUGAUAUCUCUGCUUUCCUGAAUCUCAUGACCAACUGCAACCACUUCCAGUGGGUGGGCAAAAAUAUCAAACAAACAGUCUUGCAGGUAACCAAUGUGAGGAACCGGGUCAUGCAUACAUCUUCCUGGCGUGUGAAGAGGGAGGAGCUAGAGGUUUACCUUCAGCGAAUCAGAGAACUUGGUAGAGCACUGGAAGGAAAGGCACCCAACAUCAGAGCAUUGGAUGACGAUAUCAACCAGCUCCAGAAUAUAGACUUCAGUCUGAUCCCUGAGCUCACCAAAGGAAGAGCACAAGGUCAUACCAGUGCUGGUGACAAGCAUUCAGAGAAUAUCCUAAAGUUGCAAAAGUUCCUCGGUCAAGAGCAACAGAUCCUGAAGGAUCAGUUGGAGUCCCUGUCUAAAUGCUAUGAAGAGGACAGAGAAAAGGCUCUGACUCAGGAGGAGCUGCAGGGGUUGAGGGUGUUCCUGGAGGAGAACAAGGACCUGGCGCAGAGUCUGGCACCCCAGUGGGACAGGCUGAGGGAGGUGCAAAAAACUGUGGAGCAGCACGGACAACAGAUAAACACACUCACAGGCAGAGUGGACGUACUGGAGCAGAACUCUCCAGAUUUUGAGUUCGGUGCAGGUAUCUUGAUGUUUAAAAACCAUCUAUUUGAGGAGACCAGGAAACGUGGAUGGCCUGAACCGAUAUUCUCUGAGCGUAGAGAAUCCGCUGGAUACAGAGGCAUUGUGAAGGUCAAUGGUCAGGCAUUUACUGGUUCUACAGUUUGUGGAAGUAUAAAGAGAGCACACCAGGAAGUGGCAAAAAAGGCUCUUAGUGGCCUACCCAAUCAGACUGCAGACCUCAGUCAGCCAGCCAAUGACCAGGUGGAGGGGGAGGCCUCCAACAUGCCACCCAAUCAGACUGCAGACCUCAGCCAACUAGCCAAAGACCAGGUGGAGGGGGAGGCCUCCAACAUGCCAUCCAAUAAAUUAAGAAAUCUCUCAGGCACAGGUUCUCUGUCACGUGACUCUGCAGGUUUGUCCUUCUAUGGAAGUGUCACCGUGGACCUCAACCAUGACAUCUGUGAAGAGGGCCAUGAAGGGGAGGCUGUGAAAUCUGCAUAUAUGAAAUUAGCCCUAUUGCUUGGUCUGCAGGUUUCCUCAGGUUUGUCCUAUAAGGAGACAGCUCUGCAGUAUUGUCAGAGAAGGGAUGUCCCGCUUCCACAGGAGAUCAGCCAAUCCACCGGCUGCACCCUCAAAUUCAGUGGACCCAUUACCUAUCAUGACCAAGAGGGCUCCAAUAAAAAGAAGCAGGCACAACAGCAGGCAGCUAAAAGGGCCCUGCAGGUCCUGUGUGAGUUCCUGGGGAAGAGCGAGGUAAAGGAAGACAACUACAUUGGAGCCCUGAAGGAACUACUAGAGGCUAGGGGACAGAGUAAACCUGUUUAUGACGUAACCGACAGAAGAGGAGGUACAGGGGAGGAGAGAGGGGCGGCCAUGGUUGAGACAGGGGAGGAGAGAGGGGCGGCCAUGGUUGAGACAGGGGAGGAGAGAGGGGCAGCCAUGGUUGAGACAGGGGAGGAGAGAGGGGCAGCCAUGGUUGAGACAGGGGAGGAGAGAGGGGCAGCCAUGGUUGAGACAGGGGAGGAGAGAGGGGCAGCCAUGGUUGAGACAGGGGAGGAGAGAGGGGCAGCCAUGGUUGAGACAGGGGAGGAGAGAGGGGCGGCCAUGGUUGAGGAGACAGGGGAGGAGGAGAGGGGCGCAGCCAUGGUUGACAAGGAAGGAGGACAAAUGUAUGUCAAUCACGAAAGGAAGGAUGAGAAAGGAGGAGCAUCAGGUUCAGGUGAGAGAGGGAGCAGUGGGGAGGGUACAGGAGCUGAAUGCCUUCAGGGUUUGUCAUCUAUGGACUGGACUCCUGUACCCAUGGAUACCAGUAAACCCAUGGAGGUCACACCCACUCAGCCAGAGGAGCGGAGCAUCUCUGGAGGGAGGUUCAUAUGUUGUGUGAAGGUAAGGAUAAAGAAGGAGCUGGCACCCUCUGAAGCCUCCAGCCAGGAGGGGGCAGUACAGGAAGCCUACAUGAGUCUUCUACAAGCUCUGUCUCUAGAACAAACAACUACACCAGGUGGUGAGCGUCAGUGUGUGCUAGAGUUCUUUAAGCAGUCAGAAUGUGUCCCCCCGGUGGAAGAGAGUGACAUAACAGCUGAGAGGAAACACAGGUGCAAACUAAGCAUCAUGGGAGAACUCUCUUUCCACAGUCCAAAAGGGGCAGCUAAAAAGCAGCAUGCAGAACAGUAUGCAGCUAAGGAGGCCCUGAGACAUCUGGAAGGUGUGCUCGGAGGAAACAGCCGAAUCCCAGAUUCAAGUGAGAACUACAAAGGCAGGCUGCAAGAGCUUGUCACCAAACAUGGGGGAGGAGCCAACAUGAUUGCAUACCAUACGACAGAUACUUCCAACACUACAGCAGCAGGUCAGGUGACAAAGGAAAGCAGAGUGGUCUGUGGUUCCAACCCACGUGCAGAGGGGUCAGUCAAACAUGCUGUUGCCACGGAGACUACACCUGAAAACCUUGACCAGCCUCAGGAUGAAAGAACUUCCAAGAUGCACUCUAACAUACUGACAGGGAUGAAUCAGUGGCUGGUGUGUUCGGGUCUCCGUGGUGUAGAGUGUGAGGAUCUGAGUGUAGAGCAGAGGUAUGAGUGGAGAGUUUGUGUGGGGUUUGAAGGUUUCACCCUCCAGAUCAAGGAGCUGUUCGGUUCUAAGAAGGAGGCGAUACGCCAUGCCUACCUCCGCUUGGGGCUCGCAGGACAGAUCUGCCAGAAGGAUGAGUUUAAAUCCAAAGAAAAAAUCCUUACAUUCUUCGCCAAGCAUUCCUUCUCUAAACCUGGGGAGACUGUACACGAAACCAAAACAGGACCUAGUUUGAGUUUCUCCUGCUCUCUCACUGACAUCACCUGUGUGUUCACCUACUGUGGAGAGGGUUCUACUGAGGAUGCAGCUUGUCUGUCUGCUGUACAGAAGGCUCUUUCCUGCUUGUGUCCUCUCCUUGGCUAUGCAAGUCUUGCCAUGGACAGUGUAGUAGACGAACAUGAAAGACUCAGGACUCUGCUGGAAAAAGAAAACCUUAAUCCUGCAAAAUCCGUUCUUGAAAGAACUUGGUACAGGAGUUCAGCCAAGCUGAAAUUUACAAGGUACAGUGUAGAGACCAAGGGCCAGCAGAGUAAGACAGACACCAAGAACCAACUUAGCAGGCGUUUACUACGACUACUGGGAGAGGAUACAGCCUCCAGCAGUGUUUCCCCCAGGAACACUAUGGAAGAGUGGUUUAUAAAGAAUAAACUGGAGAAACCUCAGUUUAAAGAAACAGAUGGGAUGUUUGGGACCAGAGUCACCUUCUCAGCCCUUGUUCACUGCAUCACAGAUGCGGACAGGUAUGAAGAAACAGAAAGGCAACUGGUGGAAGAGCUGAAGAAGAAGAUCCAAUACUUGAGUGAUGGCAGCAGUAACCCUUGAUUCUACAACGUAGGACUGGAUUAGGUAUUGAGUAGGGAUACACUACUGUAGAUGUACGGUCAAAUAGACCCAGUAUGGUUGUUGAUCCAGCUGCAAGUGUGGCAAAUAUUCAUUCUACUCAUUCUGAUUUUAAAUAUAUUUCAAACCUUAUCAUGUAUUUACAUUUAGUCAUUUAGCACUUAUCCAGAGCAACUUACAGUAAGUACAGGGACAUUCCCCCCGAGGCAAGUAGGGUGAAGUGCCUUGCCCAAAGACACAACGUCAUUUUGCAUGGCCGAGAAUCGAACCGGCCAUCCUCUGAGGAUGUACUACUUUAUAACAGGUGAGAUGAGUCUUGAGAUGAGUCUGGUUUUCAGGCUUUUGGUUCGGGUUGGUAAUUGCUACUUCUACAUAAAUAGAAACCUGUGUAAACACUAGUAUCUGAAUGUUACAAAUAUACUCUAGAGUCAAACCUUCUUUAACUGUUUACUUUACUUGUUCAUAUCAAAUGUCGAAGAAUGACCAGAUUGACCCUUGCUAUUAGACUUCUGUUCAUUUGAUAAGGUUCAAAGAUAAAUGAGUACAUGCAGUGAUUAUAAAACCCUGUUGAUUUGAUGCUUUGUAUGAGUAAAUGCUACAGAAGUUUUAUCAGAAUGAUGUAACCUAGAUAUGAAUGUGUAGGCCUCUGCCUUUGGAUGAAAGAGUUAUCUGUGCUGGUCUCAGCUCUACAAUUUAUUGUGUUGUAAAAAGUAGAACAAAGACACAUACUGAUAACAUCGUCACCAGAGUUAGGAGAAAGAAAGGAGUACCAGUUGGCACUUGAUUUCUGAUCCUUGGUGGAGGUGCUUUGUAAACAACGACGAAAGCCAGAAAGGGUUUGUUUCAUGCUAUAAGAAGGACUGUGAGCCUUCACCAUUUUGUAAUGCUCUGUUCUUGCCUGCAAGCUUGUAUUAAACUCAAUCAAACAUCAGAA